GUAGCGCCUAUAUUAUAUAUACAUGCUCGGGUCCCGACACCUUCCGGUGAGAAAGCAUUCAGGCGCUUCCCAUUUCCUGAUGCGGUGCCACCUCUUCCCAGAAGAGAGAGAGAGAGAGAGAGAGAGAGAGAGAGAGUAGGAAGAGGAAGAGACACCGAAACGCAUGCGCGAGAGAUGGUGGAGAGAGGCGACGAGACGAGAAUUUGCAUUAAAGAAAGAAAGUGAAGACAAAACAGAAAGAGGAUAUAUCCUGGAUAGAUUCGAGCGUCCGGCCAGGCAGCGAAACAUCGAUCCCAUGUCGCCGGAGAAUGUGGUGGUGGUGGCGGUGAGGGCGGAGCGGGAGAUCUCCAAGACGGCUCUGGAGUGGGCCCUCACUCACGUCGUCCGCCCCGGCGAUCUCGUCACUCUCCUCGCCGUCCUGUCCGACCACGGGGCCCGCGGUGGUUGGCGGCGGAGGCUACUACCGUGGGGCUUCCCCAGGUUCGGCGGCGGCGGAGACAGUGGGAGCCGUCGCCACCGCGAGCGGUGCCAGAUCUCGGCCGCCUGUUCCCAGAUGGCGCUGCAGAUCGACGGCCGGAACGAGAUUAGCAUGAGGAUAAAGGUCGUGGGAUCGGAGUCGAGUGGAGGUGCGGGUUUCGGCGGCGGCGGCGGCGGCGGCGGUGGCGGGGGCAUGGUGGCCACGGAAUCAAAGAGUGUCGGUGCCAACUGGAUCGUGCUUGACAAGCAGCUGAAGCAGGAGAUCAAGCCCUGCAUGGAGGAGCUGCAAUGCAACAUUGUGGUGAUGGGAGGCUCAUGCGCCAAAGUGCUGCGGCUCAACCUGGGAGGAGCUUAUGAACCACUUCCUCCCUUCUCUUCUGCGUGUUCUCCAAACUGCAGCGAAAAGUUUCCAAACAGGCAACUGAAACCAAUCGCCAUACCUGAUGAUGUGAAGACUUCAUUUCAUAAGGAAACUAGAGAAGCAGGAUCAAGUACUGGAAUAGGAAGAGCUUCUUCCAUCUUUGUUGAUGAAGGAAACCAUAAUCAAAAAUUAGAAGGUGUCGGAUCGGAUGAUGCAGGUACGUCCGACUCAGACAGCGGCGGUGUAGCAAGCCCUCUAUCAUUUCAUCUUGGGAUGGACCUCCUCCAAGCUGAAGCUCGCAGAGAGUCCUCUUCUGGAUUCCGUCCGCAACGCCGUUCGCACCCAGCAACAGCAUCUUCUGCGACUGCACAUAACCGCGGGGUCUGUUGGAUUCCUCAGAAUCACGUUGCAGCGGAAGAGGCAUUUAUCCAGAGCCGCAAGACCCACAAAACCAGACCUCCUCCUCCCUCCGCUAAAACCUUGCAAGAAAUGUUUGCCGAGUCAAAUCGAGGAGGCUAUGCCAUCGGAAAGGCCGGACUUCACCCGGACCUCGCAGCAGAGGACUGCUAUAGCACCUAUGGCUCCGAUGUGAGGGAGGCGGUCUCCCUGUUUGGAAGCUGCCCAUCCAUACCCCCUCCUCUAUGUUCGCUGUGCCGACACAAGGCUCCAGUCUUCGGAAAGCCUCCAAGACGGUUCGCGUACCGGGAACUCGAGAUGGCUACCGAUGGGUUCUCGAAUGAGAAUUUCGUGGCAGAAGGUGCGAUCGGAUGCGUCCACAGAGGGGUUCUGGAAGAUGGGCGAGUGGUGGCAGUGAAGCGGCUCAAGCCGGCGGGUGGUAGCGAUGUCAGAGGGGAGGAUGAGUUCUGCGAGGAGGUUGAGGUGCUGAGCCGGGCACAGCACAGGAACGUGGUGAUGCUGGUUGGGUUCUGCGUGGAAGGGAAGAGGAGGGUGCUGGUGUAUGAGUACAUCUGCAAUGGUUCCUUGGACCGCCAUCUAUAUGGGAGAAGAAAAGCACCACUAGAUUGGCACGCAAGGAUUAAGAUCGCGGUGGGGGUGGCGAGAGGAUUACGGUACCUCCAUGAGGAUUGCAGGGUAGGGUUUGUGGUCCACAAAGACAUGCGCCCCAACAACAUCCUUCUCACCCAUGAUUACGAGCCAUUGGUUGGGGACUUCAGCCGCUCGAGAUGGCAAACGGAGUUAUCGCCCCUCGCCGAUGCUAAUGUGGCCGAAACUUUCGGGUAUCUGGCACCGGAAUACAUCGAGCAUGGAGUCGCGACGGAGAAGGCGGAUGUGUAUGCCUACGGUGUGGUCCUGCUAGAAAUGAUCACGGGCCGAAGAGCCCUGGACGCCAGCCAGCCCAAGGGCCAGCAAUUCCUGGUAGAAUGGGCUCGGCCGCUCGUGUCACGGCCAUCCGACCAGGGCGCUGUGGGCCGCUUCCUGGAUCCGCGUCUUGAUUGGGACCAAGCCCGAUUCUUCUCGCGGCAGCUGCGCUCCAUGGCUCGUGCUGCGUCGAUGUGCCUCCGCCGCGAUCCGCAAGCUAGACCUGGCAUGUCAAAGGUCCUGAGAAUUUUGGAAGGAGACGCCGUCGUCGAUCCUGGAUUUGACAUCGACUCCGUGGGCACCCGAAGUGGCCGCAUGAGCUGCUGUCCGCGGAUCCUGCAUCAAGACAACGCAAUGGCUGCGAGCCUCUCCCAGAGAUUCGCCCCGGAACCUGUCAUGCGGGCCCUUCGUGAUCAGAGAAGCUGGCCUCAUUUCCGCUGAAUUGCUCAUGUUCGGAGUCAUCCCGCUCCCAAGACGGCCCCUCUCCUAGAGAAAUUAAUCAUGUUGCAUCUGCAGACAGUGACGGUAGAGGUCACAGGAUUUGAGUGCAUAGUUUCUCGUGUUGAGAUCCAUUAAUUAGCAAGUGUAGAAAAGCUAAAGAAAUCUUGUGGCAGGAUCUCAAGAACUUUAAUUUAAGCGGGCAUUAUUCCCUUCCAUUUUUAGCUUGCCUUGAUAUCAUGAAGCCAUUGAGGUCAUCUGUAGAGUAUAACCGCAUGCCAUUGAUAUUGGAGAUAAGCUGAUCACGGAGAACUCCAAAGAUUCCUGUCAUGCAUAGUAACAGCAGAGAAGGUCAGAUUUUGUUGCAUCUAGACAAGGGCUCAUAUCUUCACAUAGCAAUCAGCAAGGUGGCAAUGAGGUUUCCCGUAAGAUGGCAUGGAUGAGGUUGUGGUUGCUUCAAGAGUCGCGCAAGGCCCAUGCAAUCGUAACAAGAAAUGAAGGAGAUGGACAAAUGAGAGAAGACGCUAGCUGUGGUUUCUUCCCAUGGACGUAAGGAAGAAAAGGAAGCACAAAUUAGUAUUUGUACUCGAGGAACUCGGUGAAGCCAGUGCAAUAUAUAGAUACAGAGAAAAAGGCUUGUGUGAGGUGGAUUUUGGAUUAUUGGCCAAGUAACUCAUGAUAUGUGUGUAUCUUGCGGAAAUUGACCAGUUGGGAUGUAGCCAUUGAUGGAAAAUAAACAAGAUUAUUAGCUGCAACAUAUCAUCGAGAUUCUUAUCAAACUUUUUAAUGGGGAACAGAUAAUUUCCUAUCAAAGUGCAUGUAUGCACAUCAGCCGGUCCAUUCACACACAAGGGAUGUCGGGUGUGCAGAUGAAUAAAUAUGUGAUUUCUAAUUUCUUUCAGAAUGAUUUACAGAAAGCAUCGAUACAGUGAUUAAACUCAACAAAAGGUCUUCUUCUUAGUAUUGAUUCUUUUUGAGGGCCCCCAAGUUUGGCUUUUGGUUUGGGUU